CAUAGGGUGCCACAUCUGUUCUACAAGCUCUUGAGAACUUAUAAAUGAGGACUGUCAAAUAGUAUCAGAGUAGAAUUUUCACAGCACCACUCUCCUUCAUGAAUUCAGCAUUUGGAGAGACCCGUUUUUUCACUGAAGACUUUUUUUGUUUCUGAGAAAACGAAGAACAUAUAAGGUUCUUCAGGAACUUCAGCUUCAUAUCCACAAGAACACUUAAAAGGGUGGAAAUUGGAGAGGAAGAGCAAAUAUAAGCUGUUGUGGACGUCUUGUAUGAAGACCAGGGAAACUACAGAAGACCUACACUGCAUCAUCGCAGGACUUCUCUGUUCUCUAUCUCUGGUGUCCGUGAGAAAGCCCCCUAAGAUUUUCAAAAUGUUCUCAGUUCCCAGCCCUUAGUCUACGCACCCACAUCUUCUGAACUCAACUACAUUAUGGAGUGCUUUGGAAUCCAGGCACAAGGAAAGAAAAUCUUUUAAUUACCACAAGAAUUACCCAUCACAAAUUAAUGUACUAUUGCUAUUGUGUGGAACAAUUCCCACACCCACAGUGAUGACUUAUGCACCUGUCUGGCUCCUUUGAGGAUUCCCUAUCUGGACUACAAGCAGAACCUUUUGAGAAGCAGAACCCCCCAUUAGCGACAGAACUAUGAACGGCCUGACUGAGACAUCAGUUAAGUGCGUACUGGUCGGAGACUGCGCAGUGGGCAAAACGGCCCUCCUGGUGCGGUUCACUUCUGAAACAUUCCCCGACAGUUACAGGCCCACAGUGUAUGAGAACACAGGAGUGGAUGUCUUCAUGGAUGGCAUCCAGAUCAGCCUGGGCUUGUGGGACACGGCCGGGAAUGACACCUUCCGGCAGAUCCGCCCCAUGUCCUACCAGCAGGCAGAUGUGGUUCUACUGUGCUACUCUGUAGCAAACCCCUCCACAUUGGCCAGUGUCCGGCACAAAUGGAUCGCUGAGGUCAGGGAAUACCUGCCCCGCGUACCCGUGCUGGUGGUGGCCACUCAAACAGACCAUCGUGAGAUGGGGCCAUAUCGGGCCAACUGCACUAGUGCUUCUGAAGGCAAGCGUGUGGCCCAGGAGAUUCGUGCCAAAGGCUACUUGGAGUGCUCAGCACUCAGUAACAGAGGAGUGCAGCAGGUGUUCGAGUGUGCGGUGCGCACUGCUGUCAACCAGGCCCGCAAGAGAACCCGCCGGAGACUCUUUGAUCUCAACCCGUGCCAAAUCUCCUAAGGGCAGCGCUACCCAGCCAUCAAGUUGGACGUGCUCAAACCAAGCUUCAAUCCUUGAGCCAAAGCCUCAAUUGAGACGUUUGCUUGACACAUAAACAAUAUUAUUUAUUUUAUGUGAUUUAACCAUAGUAUUUUCUUAACUCAUAGUGGGAUGACAGACUCCAUGGCCCAACAGGCAAAUUCACUGGAGAUUGUCUGAUCUUAAUCUGUACUGAAUCUACCCAAUUAUCACCUGCUUCAAUUUGGAUCUACUUAGAUAACCUCUAACCAAUAAGCAUCAAUCCUUGAGUCUCAGUCAAGAUGUUUCAUUGAUACAUGAACAAUAAUAUUUAUUUUGAGUGAUUUCUUAGUGGUAGUCUGCUCAGCUACUGACGUGACAGACUUCAAAGCAAACAGGCCACUGGUGGACAAUUAACCAGGCCCAUAAAUGAAACUGCUGGAGACUUUUUUUUAACUAAUUUUGUGACAGAUCUUUUAAAGUGGAAUUCCACAGUUUUCCCAAUGCAUAUAUGUGUAUAAUUAAAUGGUUAAUAUGUGAGCAAAGUCGAGUUGAGUGGUUUGAUGUGAAAUGCUUAAUUCUAGAGAAACAUGGAGUCGCCUUGCUGAAAGCUAACACAUGAAAUGGUUUUAAAUGUGCCUAGACUGUUGUGGCCAUAUUUAUUUAAAUACAGCCGUGGUGGAGAGAGGGCAAAACAGUACAACAAAAUCGCCCCCAAGGACAACUCUUUUUCAGGUUUACCACGAUUUUACCAUCAUCAGUGUUACAUAUAAAAACUCAGAAGACUCCUGGUUCUUAUCCCAACCGGUGUAAAGACGUGAGUUUGUUAGUUUCUCAACAAUGAUCCAUUUUACAGCAAACCACUUUGAAUGACUUUGUAUGCAUCUCAACGAUUGAACUGUACAGUAAUUUUGAGAAAUCAACAGGAAAUCUCCUUUAUGUCCUUUUAAGGGUAAGGGCCAUCCAACAGGGACUGUUUUAACACGGAUCUGCUCAAAAAUCACUGAAGUUUCAAGUAUUCGAUCCAAAUCCUCAGUCAAGGCAUUGUUUGAUACAUAAACAAUAAUAUUUAAAUUUAACAACGGUAGAUUGGUUAGCUAGAGUCAGAUGGCGGACUCCACAAAACGUUUUAAACCCCACUGAGACUUUUUUCCAUGCACUAUUACUGUGUAGUCUAUCUAGACAGAAAACACAAUGAGUGUGCUGAUAAAUAUAAUGGCCAAAAGACACGAGACCACAUUAAAAAUCUGGGAUUCCUUUCAUUUAAACUGAGAAAUAAACAACAGAAUUGUUUAGAAAUUUGUAAAAAAUUUAAACAAAAGACAAGUUACGACAAAACGAAAAAGAAAUACUUAAGAUUCUGCACUGUUUCUAGGUCACUACCCAAAUUUCAGCCAAUUUGUGAUAAACAGCGUGUUGAGGCCUUGGCUGAAAAAGAUCUUUUUUUUUGACUUCCAUUGAUGAAAUUCCUUCCAUUGACGACUAGAUUUGACCUAUUCAUCAAAGGCUUUUGCACAAACUUGUGUGGCCCAUGCCACACUGAGUGCACGCUGCCAUGGUGGUAAAAGAAACUCAUGUUCAUUUUUAAGAUUCUGCUUUUCUUUUAAAUUAUGCUGUACUGGAAAUCUUUCUAUUAAAAUAGCAUUUUCAUAAGUUGCCUCAGACCUUUGGACUACACUGUACAUGUAGGCUGGAUGAAACCCUUCAUCUUGAGGAAUGAAUGCAGCAUUAGGGUUUUUAAAAUGAUAUCAUCCAAGUGCAUCUUGGGCCCUAUCAGCGUUCUUAGAAGAUGAGGAUAUAUGUACAUGUUAAGCUGUGUGAUGACGUACGAUUUAUAUAUAUAUUUAGAACACAUACAUUCACAGCUUUCACGGGUCCGUCUUCUCUUUGGUUUGCUGUAAAUUGUAUGUGUUCCCGACAUUUGUGCUUUUUCAUGGGCCUUCAUAAAAAGUAAUUGUCAGUCACCUGAGAAAAGCAAAAAGUUGUGUAUUAUGUGUAAAGUAGUGUCUCUUUUUCUGUACUUACACUAGCAAUACUAAGGCGAGUGAUUUGGAGGGAUGGAUAUAUUGUGACGACACAGUUUUAAUUAGCCUAAAAGUGCCAAAAUAUCAGCACACAGACAAUAUAUGUGCUGUAAGUACUUCAUUUGACAUUUUUUACUUGGCAUUUUACUUUUGCAAAAAAGGAACCUGAAAAUGACAAUGUGCUAACAAGUAAUUUAACUAGUUUAUUCAAUUUAAUUCUGCUGUGUUCCACUUUGUAUAGUGUAGAUCUCCAUUUAGGCAUCGGACAAUGCAGCAAAAAUAUUACAUGGCGAUACUUCACAAUAUCUUCGUGUUACAUGAUAUGCGUCAUGAUCACAAACUGUAAAUACAAUGAUUUGUUUUUAACAUUUCAGAUAUGGUGCAGCACUAAAUACAAUAAACUGGCCUUGUUAUUCUUUAUACUGAAAUAUGCAGUUGUUCAGCAUUCUUUUAGUACUGAUGAUACCCAUGAAAGGCUCAGAGAAGCAUAUUGUGAUGUAAUUUAUCAUACUUGUAAUUUAUCAUGUCUUGUUUUCAAGACAUUAUUAUUUCAUUUUUAUUUUGCUGCAAAAACAAAAGUGUUACGAUCAUCCAAAGACAUCAGCUUUGUUUUUCAAACACUUUCUAGAUGUCGAGAUCAAAUGAUCAUUCGUUUGAAAAGUUGUUAAAAAAAUAGAUGUGUGACAAAUAAAUUCAGACUGAAUCUUA